GGGCUAAAUUGUGUGGCCGAUGAAAUGUCAAUUUACAUACAAUGAGGAAAUACUGAAUAGGAUUAUGGAUGAUUAUUUUGGUGGAACCAGGAGUAAAGUAAAAAGAUUGGAGUUGAUUGAUUGCUUUAAGAAUAAGAGUUGGGGAGAUAAUGAUGAGGACGCUGUUAAGAUUGCAAUUUUGUUUUUUAUAAAUACAUACAUCUUUUGCGGUGAGCCAAGGAAAACGAAUAUACCAAGGGUUCAUUUUGAAGUGGUUGAGGAUGGAAGAUAUGUAGAUUAUCCAUGGGGCAAAGAAGCUUUUCACAAGUUGAUUAGAAGCAUUAGCAAGAAGUAUUCCGCCACAACACAAUAUUAUAGGAUUCAAGGGAUGCCACUUGCUAUGCAAGUUUGGCUUUAUGAGUGUUGUUCAAGAGUUCCAUCAUAUCUCGCUGUUAAAUCCGGAAAUUCCAUUUCAAGAAUGUUGAAUUGGAGGUCCAUUGACAGUCAGCCAAAAUGCAAUAUUUUGAUAGAAUGCAUUUUUAGAGAUGGCAAACAGUCGAGUUGUACAUUUGCAAAUACAAUCUCCACUAGCAGUGAGUUGGAGAGUCUCCAAUUGCCUGAUGUUGUUGUCUCUCGAGAUACGGUAGACACAAAUGUCUUAAUUGAUUCCCAUGAAGGUACCCACGUCACAAAUAUGCCAGUGGAUGAGUAUGAUGAUUUCAGUACUACUCCCCCUACCUUGCUAAGGGUAAACAACAGCAACAGGCGAGUCAGAUAGAUUCUCCACCUUCAAAGAAACACAGACAACUUCCUGUUUCAGUUUCUAUAUCAAAGAAACAACA